AUGGAGACGAGAAUACUGUGCAGGCAAACAUCAGCACAGGCCGCCUCACCAGCAAGCCAGGAAGACAGAGGACAGAAGGAGCAACAGCUGAGUCACACUGGCAGCCCCGCCGGUACCCAACACGCCAGGCACCAGGCACCAGACACCGAUGACCGGGCACCAGGCACCAGGCGCCAGGCAUCAGACAACAGGGACUACGAACCGAGGACCGGGUACCAGGCACCAGGCAUCAGGAACCAGGCACCAGAGAUGCACCAGGCAUCAAGCACCAGGCGCCAGGCAUCAGGCACUAGGGAACAGGCACCAAGGAGCGGGCACCAGGCACCAGGCAUCAGGCACCAGAUACCGAGGACCGGGCACCACGCAUCAGGCACCAAGCACCAGACACCGAGGACAGAGUACCAGGCACCGCGAAUCAGACUCCGGGCACAAAUCACCAGUUACCAAGAAACAGACACCGAGGACAGGUCACCAGGCACCAGUCACCAGUCUCCGGGCACCAAGUAUCAGUCACCGGGCACCAAUCACUAG